GGCGCUGCUCACCCCUACAUGAGCUGUAGUAAGCAGGCUCUGGAGCCGACAUGUGGCCAGGAUACUUUCUUAUUCAGGCCGAUUAUACAUUGAAUCACACCUGGAUACAUCUAGUUCCAAUUUUCGCAAAGUAGAGGAAUAUGCCUAUUGGGAUACAUUGAAGGUUUGGAUUCGGAACAACUCGCUGGCUCGUAAGCUGGCAUUUCCCUAAAUAGAGAGCCACUACACGGCAAAAGGAAGGCCCAUAUCCAAGAUGACUGGUGGGCAGAGUCCAGAGGAGCGUGCCCGGGGAGAUCGGGACCCGGAGCCAGGCCAGCGCUGCCCCAUCUGCCUGCAUCCUCUGGGUCAGUCGGAGGUGGGCAUCCCCGAGGGCUGCGGCCACGUCUUCUGCCUCGGCUGCAUCAUGCGUUGGGCCCAGGUGGUGUGCUCUUGCCCAGUUGACAGAAGACCUUUCAAUGCCAUCUAUACAUGGAAUUCCCAGCAAGGUUUAGUUAAAAUAUCCGUCAAGUCGCCAGUGCAGAUAGAAAUCAGUGGUGACUGUAGUGAAGUCGUAAAAUGGGAAGAGAAAGAAAAGAAAGGGAGAACAGACAACGCCAAAGUGAAAUGCCUCAUCAGAAAGGCGGAGACUGACAGGACUCCUGCUGUGAGACAGAAAAAGGUCAGGCAAGAAUUCUGCUGCUCCCGGACAAUUUCCACCCACCCCUCCUCUUCCUCCCCUUCACCCUCCCAGACAGGGACCUCCAUCGCUGCACUAUCCCCUGUAAUUGCUGGAAAUUUUGUGGUGUCUGAAGAGGAAUCUAUUGAGGAGGUUCCAGAACUUUGUCAGAUGGAUAUUCUAGAGUCUCCGUGGCUGUCUACCUCUGUACCCAUUGCCUCCAAAGGACUUUUGCGGCAUUGUCCUCAUCCCCAAAUGUGGAGUGGGAAGUUGUUCUCUGAGCGGUCUGUCUCUGUGAUGUCUACCUCUCACGUACCUCUGGCUUCAGGACAGUUGGUGUUUCAGGGAAGAGAGUGUGCAGUGACUUGUGCGAGAGGCGAGGACAGGAAAGGCGGCAAGGCUGCUCCCAAAGCCACGGCAAGAAAGCAGCAGGCCAGGAGAUCCACACGUGGCAGCAAGACGGAGGAUUCUUCGGAAGCCUCUCAGGCAACACAGUCCGAUUCAGGGGCCUCCUCCCCGGAAGACGGCUCGGGAAAGCCCGGGAAAAUUUCUGGGUCGAGCGAGACGCCCCCUGCGACGAGCAAGUCAAAAAAGGCCGCCAAACAAAAGCCUCGAUCGAAGCGGAAAGGAGCAGAAGGAGGAGGUCGGGGGAGGGGUAGAGGGAGGGGAAGAGGGCGUCGGCAAGUGGUAGAGAGUGAAGAGUCAGAUGAGGAAGAGGAGCAGCAGAAGGAUGAAGAACCGAUAGCAGGUCCUUCAGAUGCAGAGGAUGCAUCCGAGUCAGAGCAGAAGCCGGAUGCACCUAGUCCAUGUCCGAGUCCAACUCGGGACUCGAGUGAUCACGUCGCUUCUGAUCAAGAUGAGAAUGACCGCGUUGCUUCCGAUCACGACUCAAAUGAUCACGCUGCCUCUGACCACGCAGAAUCGGAGACUGAGGAAAAAGAAGUAGAUCACUGUCCCAGUCCUGGAGGAGACGGUGAGGGAUCACCAGACGCCAAGCGAAGCCCAGAGGCGGAUAUGGAGGAAUCGGCUAACGAGUCAGACGUUGAGGCUGUCCCCUCUCCCCAGUCACCCCCGGUCUCUGCAAACCAGAGCCCGAGUGUGACCAGCCACCAUAGUGACGCAUCCAGCCACCAUAGUGACGCAUCCAGCCACCAUAGUGACGCAUCUGACGGAGAAGGAGAAGGAGAAGGCGUGGGUUCACACAAGGAGACUGACAAGAUGGUGGAAGGCCUGGCUUCACCCAGUUCUGUUGAAGGAGCUUCAGGAAUGGCAGAGAAGGCAGAGGCCCAAACCACGGAUGAGUCUCAAGAUGAUGCAGAUAUGGCUGACGAAGAACAGCAGAAGACUGACGGCAAAGCAGAGGCUGCUUCUCCUGAAGCCGUUCCUUCUGAGGAGAAAAUGGAGACAAGUCCAAAAGCUGACGCCACUUGUGGAAACAGUAGUGCCCCAGAUACGGAGAAGUCGGAGAAGGACAAAGAGCAGUCGAAAACUGAGGCCUCCAAGGAAGACUUCCACCAGGACAACACUGACGCCGUACCCAUGGACUGUGAUUCGUCCCGAUCAGACUUUGGUGACACCGUGACUGAGGACAAGAAGGCUGACGAUGAACCCAACUCUUCUUCGUCUGCCCCCGAGAAAGAAGAGACGACAGCGUCCAGCCAAGUUAAGAAAUCUCCCACGAAGGAUCGUCAGAAGAGCCCAGAGAAGUCUGGGCAGGACAGCCGGCAACGCAGAUCCCGGUUUCAUUCACCUACCACCACCUGGUCUCCUAAAAGAGAAUCCCGACGGGAUUCGUCUCGGAGGUCACGUUCAAGGGAUCGCCAGCGCGGCACCGGCUCCCCUUCGAGGAAUCGUAGUCGCGAGCGGGACGGCGAUCGCGGCAGCUCCAGGCGGCGUCGUAGCCAGGAACGCAGCAAGGACCGCAGCCGAGACAGGAGCAGGGAGCGAAGCAGGGAGCGGAGUCGUGACAGAGGCAGGAGAGGAAGGCGUAGCAGAAGUCGCUCAAGAAGCCGAUCGAGGUCGAGAUCCAGAACUAGGCGUGGUGGUGGCGGUCACAGGGGUUCUCCGGAACGUUCCGAGCAGGGUGGACAAUCCCCGAAGAAGAGGGAGCAAAGGGACAGUUGGCGAGGCGGACGAGACUUUCGAGAAAACAGCUGGAGGGGUGGUGGAUCGGACAGAGGGAGCCAUUUCCCCGGUCGGGACAACAACGCCUCAGACAACGGCAACUUUCCAGAGGGGUCGCCAGGCAGGGGUCGGUCGGAGAACCCAGACUGGGUGAAGGAACGGAUGAGGCCAGAACCCGAGCCCAGAGGUCGCUGGGAAGACCAGGGAGGGGAUUCAGCCUCGAACAGCUGGGCCCAGGGUGAUCGGAAUCAAGGCGGCAGUUGGCAUUCAGAUCGAAACAGCGGUGGCGGUGGCGGCGGUGGUGGUGGUGGUAUGGGUCGUGGAAAUUUCUGGUCCCAAAACCAGCAAGGCGGCGGCGACGCGUCUGACAACCGAAGACCACCCCGGAGUUUUCCAGGACCGGCUAACAACAACUCAGGGAACGACGCGUACAGCCGCUUCAACGAGAACCGAUUAGGCGGAGGAGGUCGGAGGAAAAUGGAGUCCGAUUCCGGUGACCAACUCGACCGCUCCGGAUGGUCCUCCGCCUCCAACUGGGCGGUGCGCAGGACGCUGCCAGCUGACGUGCAGAACUACUACUCGAGGAAGGAGCGCGGGCCAGCCAAUGCCAGCGUGUGGGGCAGACAGGACGAGGACCAGCCAGCUGCAGAUCCCCCGAAGAGUGAGCCAGCGGCCCAGCCUCCCCCCGAGGCCCCCUCUGCCCCUGCCCCUCUUCUACCUACUCCCCAGCUCAACGCCAUGGGCUACCCACCGCGCUAUCCAGUCGGCCAGAUGCCUCCGCGCGGCCCCCCGGUCAGCCUCCAGCCCCACCCUCCCUUCGGUGUGCCGGGCCACGUCCCCGUGCACAUGCACCCCGCUGGGCCCGGACUGCUCCAGGUGCCUGCCAUGGCUGUGCAGGGUCUACCCCCUCCUCCGCCACCUCCUCCCCCUGUCCAGCAGGCCAGCCUGACGGGGAUGCAGAUGGACAAAAUGCAGCCGCAGGCCAUAAGUAUGAUGCCAGGAGCUGCUAAGGUCCCCUUUCCUUUCGGCCCCACCAAGGUGGCGGGUGUCGCAGGGCAGCCCCUGGGCCAGGCAGUACACAGCAUGGCCCAGCCCUCAUCCACCACCCAGCCCUUCUCACACAGCAAGGCCCAGCCCGACAGCUCCAAGAAGGAGAAGAAGCUUCAGAUACAGGAACGAGCCGUAAACGAGGUGAAGGCGGCGAUCAAGCCAUACUACCAGAAGAAGGACAUCACCAAGGAAGAGUACAAAGAGAUUGUGCGCAAAGCUGUUGAAAAGGUCUGCCAUAGUAAGAGCGGAGAGGUGAACGCCGACAAAGUGGCCAAUCUGGUCAAGGCCUACGUGGACAAAUACAAGCACAGCCGCAGCAAAACAGACAAAUGAUGAAUAAAAAAGACAGAGAGGGGGAGGGGUCGGUUCCUCCACCACCACCACCACCAUCCCCACUCUGGGCUGCAAAGUGCAGUUUUUUUUCCGUCUCCCAGCAAAAAGGCCUCCUCUCUCACCAUCUCCUCUCUUCAAGCCCAGUCAACUGGAUAUCCUGUUUUUUUGCCUCUCUCUCUCUCUCUCUCUCUCGCUCUAUCUCUGAAUGAAUUGAGAAUUUUUUUCUAUAGAUUGAAAUAUUUUUGUUUAAAAAAGAAAAAAAAAGUGGAUUUGAUAUAGCGCUGAAGCCCUUUAUUUGAAAUAAGACGCAAUGGGGUGUUGUCUACUACUGUAUGUCCAUUUGCCGUAACAAAACAAACAAAAAGUCUUGUCCCGUGGGGGAAGUUGGGGGGUGGGAUGGGGGUGUAUCUGGAGAAGGGAAUAGUGUUGGAUGUGGAGGUCGGGUGGGGAAGGUUGGGGUGGGGAAGACUGUUUUCCACGCCAAGGUCUCGUAUGGAGCGGAGGAGAACAGCGGCUUCAACAAGACUCCAAGAGAAACUGUAACGCCCCCUCCUCCAUCGCGUCCCCCCUCCCAAGCUGCAGUUGACUGGUACGAGUUGGCCUUACCUAACAGCCGUGGCCCAAGGACCUUUAUCAAACAAAAAAAACAAGUAACAAAAACAAAAAACUCUGCGGCUCGACUCUUUAUUUUUGUUUUUCUUUUUAUAUAUAAAUAUAUAUUAAUUAAUUAAUAAUUUUGACGAAAAUCCUAAAGAAAAAAAACAAACAACAAAUGUGCAUUGCCUUUAUUCUGUGACCGUAGCUGCAGAGCAGUGUGCUGGUUAUCAUGUCUUAGUGCAGCUGUGUCUGGGGCUGUGAUCACUUUUUGAUUGGUUGCCAUGUCAGUGGGUAUUAUUGGGGGCCUGAUUAGUCGCCUGGGGUGCGUUUUCUGAAAGCGUAGUUGUUCGCCAGUCAGCAACUUGGGUAGUUGUCAAUGGGAAAUUGCAUUGCGAACAACAAAGUAGCUAACGUAGUUAGCAAAUAUGGUUUUGAGAAAUGCACCCCCAGGUUUGGACGGUAUAUCAGGUAACCACACCAGCUGAUAGAUCUGUAUGAGGAGGGAGGGGGGAGGCGGGUCAGGAUUAGCUAAGGUGGUUGCCUUGGCCUUGUUGUCGACUGUGCUGUAAUGACCACUGUUCAUGUGUCACCCCUCCCCUCUCCCCCACCCACCCAAAACAAAAAAAGCAAUGGAAUAAAUUGGCUGCUUCUAUGAUGUCAAUCGA